AUGGUCAACGUGGCGGCCGUGUAUGUAAGCGUCAAGUUAUGGCGUUUUGUGAAAAACACGUAAAUAAUUUUAAUUUGUAAUUAAAUGUCAGUGUAACUUUUAUAAAUUAGAAUUAAUAUGAGCAGAUAUUACGAUUACGGUAAUGCGAUAUCAUGUUGACAUGAGAUGGUCGUUCGUCAACAAUGGUUAAAACACGAUCUUCAGCGAGGGUAGGAAGCGCGGCCACCAGUGCGCCCGCCGAAAAUGGAACUUCUUCCGAACUUAGAUCGCGGCUCAAAACCACUGAGAACGGUCACCGCUCCCAAAGGCCCUACAAUCAAACUAGGAACAAUCAGGCGCUACCUUCGGGGAGCGUGGGUCCGGGCAGCGGGUCACAGGGGAAGGACCCCCUGGCGCCCGCGCUGCCUGGUCGCUCCCUCUACCAGCACCCCACAGUUAGCGGGUACAACACACAAGACUCACGCGGACAAGCCAUGCCUGUCACGGCACGGCAGAACCCCAUAUACCCCAGCAGCAUGUACCACGGGUACGGGGCUAGCGCGGCGGGUACACUCGCGCCCAUGCCGUCACCGUCACCCACCGCGCCACUAGCGCCGUUCCCGGUACAUCCAGACGUUAAGUUUAAAAAACUUCCCUUCUACGACGUGCUAGCGGAACUGAUGAAGCCGUCGACAAUGAUGCCCAUGCAGGCAGGUCGCAUGCAGGAAGGCACCUACGUGUUCCACCUCACACCCCAACAAGCCACAGAGAUAGCUUCAGGGAAAGAUCUGGUUGGAACUAGCAAUAAACUUGAUUAUGUCAUACAGGCACAACUACGGUUUUGUCUUCUAGAAACUUCUUGCGAACAAGAGGACCAUUUCCCGCCUAGUGUUAAUGUUAAAGUUAACAACAAAAUGUGUCCACUACCUAAUCCAAUACCUACAAAUAAGCCUACGCCAGAACCGAAGCGGCCGCCGCGACCUGUGAACAUAUCUUCCCUAGUAAAACUAUCGCCGACUGUCGCGAACACUAUACAAGUCACGUGGCAUGCGGACUUUACGCGCGCUUACGUGCUUAGCGUGUUCAUGGUGCGCAAACUGACCUCCGCUGAGCUGCUGCAGCGGCUCAAGAAUAAAGGCACCAAGAAUCCUGACUACACGAGGUCACUUAUAAAAGAGAAGUUGUCGGAGGACUACGACAGUGAGAUCGCGACGACUUCGCUGCGAGUGUCGCUGAUGUGUCCGCUGGGCAAGAUGCGCAUGGCGUGUCCGUGCCGGCCCGCCAACUGCCCGCACCUGCAGUGCUUCGACGCCUCGCUGUUCCUGCAGAUGAACGAAAGGAAACCCACCUGGCUUUGUCCAGUGUGUGAUCGUCCUGCGCCUUAUGACUCCCUGGUAGUGGACGGGUACUUCCAAGAGGUGCUGACGUCCCCGCGCCUGUCGAGCGAGUGCAACGAGAUCCAGCUGCACGCGGACGGCAGCUGGUCGGCGCACGCGCCGCCCGCGCGCGCCCCGCAGCUGCAGCAGCCCGCCGCCGAGCCCGUCACGCUCAUCUCCGACGACCUCGAAGUGAUUCCUGUAGACAGCGGUGUAGGCGCUGGUAAACGUGCCGCCGUAGGCGAGGCUCGUGCGCCACGCUCUGCAGACGUGAUGGUGGAUCUUACAUCGGACUCUGAUGACGAACUGCCUCUCAAACGGAAGAUACCACCACCGAAAGCUACACCACCAGCUUCUGAAGCAAAUAUAAAAAGUGACGAAAACUAUUCGUCAAGUGCAGCAGAAGCAGUGUCUUCGAGUGGGUACCGGUCACCCGGCGUUGCGGGUGGCGCAUGCGGAGUGAUCUCACUAGACAGUCCGUCCCCGCCGGCGCCGGGCUCCCCGCCGUCGUCACCGCGCGAGCCCGAGGCGCUACCGGAGCGCCCGCACCUGUCUAUCACGCCGGUGGCUCCACCUACUAGCAACUCCUCGCAACACCAUAUAGUUCCACACGACGUCAUGACGGAUGGACCGCACCUCUCUAUCACUCCCGUCACUUCUGCGGCACCUACACAUCAUAUUGGUUCGAGCACGAACGCAGACCGUGACGACGCGGAGGCGACGCCGGCGCACUGGGCACCUUACGCUGACUCUGAAAGAGAUGAUAAUUAUAGGAAAUACUGACUGCGGGAGAAGAGUGGUCGCCCUACCUACACUAGCGGCCAUUCUUCAGAGGAAGAUCAAGACGCGUCGUACACCGAGGUGCCGCUACUGGCGCCGCAGUAGUGUGGCCCCCACCGCUUGCCAAAGUAGAUCUUCCAGUGUGGCGCGUGCAGCCCGCUAUACUCUCCCGGCGUCUAGUGCUCCGACACUCGCGUCUUACUGCGGGACUCGCAUUCCACAUGACUUUCUGCUCAAACUCUUCAUCAUCAUGGACCUCCAGUUCACGUGGACGUUGAACUAUUUAAAUACACAAUUAAUAUUUUGUCUAAUGUGCAUUUUGUUCACCAAAUAUGUGUAAAUCUGUGAAAUCCUCGAGUAUUGCAGAAUAAGCUAGCGAGAUCAAAUAUUUUAUUUGUAACUAAUUCACCUAGAUUCUCUUUAGCGUAGUUGUAAGUCCGACGUCAUUAGUAUCGAAAUUAUUUCAUUGCUCCGUAAAAUAUGGUGUAUUAUAAAAUCAUUUCACAAAAUAGUUUUAAUGUAUGGUUCUCAACGAAUUGUACGAGUGUGUAUACAAUGUGAGGCUGCGUGAAUGAGAUCAGUUGUAAAAUAAUAAAAAAAAAUAAUAGAAGGCCUUAGGAUUCAAAUAUUUGAAUGCGCAAGUAUGUAUUUCGUAAUUUUGUACUAAGUCGUGAAACGACGAGCUAACUUAAUUAAAAUAACGUAACAUUCUUUACUUAGCCCACUGAUACAAAGCUUAUAUUUAUUCCCAAUAUUAAAAUCAUAUUUUGUGAAUCUACACUAAAUACGAUACAUUUUGUUAAAUAUAAUAUUGUUAUAUUACAAAUGGACUGAGAAUAGGAAAACCCACGAAUCAGUCGAUAUGUUUUGUAAUUAAUACCUAAACAAGUUUGUUUAAAUGUAACUAGAUCCAAAUUUCUAGAGUUCCCAGCUAGCUUUUAACAACAAUGUAUUAUAAAUACUUAUUAACCAAAUGUUUUGUAAACUUCUCUCUUUAGUAGAUAAAGCCUUGAUUAUGUUAUUGACUUUGAAUUCUUUAGAUUUAGUUGGCUGGCGCGAUGUGUUCAUUUAAGGUAAUCGAGAUAAGACAAGUUAUGAUAUAGUCAGUGUUAAAUAUAAAAGUCAUAACAUUCUUUGUGAAUAUUACUCAAUUAUAAUUAAUACUGUCGAUAUGUUAUUAAUAAUUUGCCUUUGGAUCUGACUCGCGCCCGCCAUCAAUACUGCCCUUCAUUUAUAAGUUUUCCUAAACUACACUCGGAGGAUGUUCUAAUUUAUUUAUUAUUAAGGUGUAGUAUUCAAUGUGUAAUUGUAUUAUAUUGAUGUGGAUGUCGACAUUGUUGACUUCAAUGCGAUACAAAUUUAAGAAAAGUAGGAUAAGAUAUUGUCAUUCAAUAAUAAAUGUAAAUAUUGUUCAACUGCAUUUUAAUAGUACAUUAUUGACACCUGCCUCUCCAUACCCUUUC